AAAACCUAGUUUCCAUGUCCACCAAUGCCUAUAUUCUCUAAAGCUCGCCUGUAUGCUAAAAAUUUUAGCACUAAGUUUGUAUGUCCGGGCUACAAAUCACCGCUGAGUUUUCGAGCCGAUUUAAGUUCGGAUUUUGGAUUAUUUGGAUUUUGAUUCGAGGAGGCAUAUAAGUAUUUUAAUGAUGUUGAAGACCAUUAGAGGACGACAGAUUUUUUGCUCCAAGUAUUUCAUUGAUCAACUUGUCCUAGCUAGAAAUAGAAACGUUCUUUCUAAGGAAAAUAGUGUGGUAUAUGGGUCGAAUAUACAAUGGCGUGGAAGGUCAGUGGCUACCUCUGUUCCUUCUGACUCACCAAAAGCCAGGAGAGGUCAGGAAAAGGUUUCAAAAGAUGAACGGCGUACUAUGCUGGAAUCUUUCGUGAACAAUUACAGAGCUACACAUAAUGGAAAAUUCCCGACUGUGACUGAAGCUAAAAAAGAAGUGGGUGGUGGUUUUUAUGUUAUUAGAUCAAUUCUUCAGGAACUGGAAUACAAAUGUAAAGUAUCUUCUUCAGACAGAGGGUCUGAAAAAUUUUUAGGAGUAGGGAUUAUAAAAAAGAAUAAAGUGACAGUGGAUGUGGAAUCUCAAAAUGAGCUCCAUACAAUAGUAGAUGAGGAUGUGGAGGUUGUUGAUAUUAAUGACAAACAACUAGAAGCUGAGGGAGGGCCUUCGGCCUCCUUUCUGACUGGAAGGACCUCAUUUGAAGAGGUCACAAAGUCUGCUUUUCAUGGUGCUCGGUCUGGUAGAGAAGAUGGUAAAAAAGAAGCUGUGGGUGUUUCUUCUUAUUUUGUUGCGAGUGAAGGUCAUAUCUUAAAAAGAGAAACUGAGGAAAUAUCUCAUCCACACUUAAUGAAUGCGGAUGAGAAAGGUCAGAUUCUGUCAGACAAGUUACUGGAUCCUGGUGACGUAAAGUGCAAAGAGAAACCAUAUAAAGACUCUUCUGAGCCUGAACAGAAUGCAGCUGACAACUCUAGUAGCAAGGCUGAGGACAAAGAAGUUCCAAAGAAAUCAACCAUCUGGGGAAGCCUAAAGUCAUUUACAGAUAGCUUUAUUAAUAUGUGGAAGAGACUGUAAAUCAUUGCCUUUGCUACCCUUUGAACAUUGUUGAUGUUAGAGUAGGUAGUGAUAUUAGCAGAUAAGAUUGACAUGAGAGUUCUGGCACAUUUUUGUUGGCAGUUUUGUUUAGUGCAUUCUCUUUGUAUAGCACAUGCAUUACAUUUAGUAUGGCCCAUGAUUUAGGAAAGAUAAGAGAGGAAACCAGGAAGCCCUCACUUUAUGUUUCUUGGUGUUUACAUUGUUACUGAACUUUGUGCCUUUGUCUGUCAAAAUUGUUGUCUGUUGUGUUGCUUUAACUAUUAAAUAGCAAAAGGAUAAUAACAUUUUUCAUUAUGUUA